AGGGGCCAGCAGUGGCUUGUUCCUGGGAUCUCUAAUGCCUUGAAUGAGCUUUAGUACAGGAUCUGCUAUCUCACACUCAUCUGGCACACAUCUGCAAGCACAUCCAGCCCAGUGGUCCAGAGGAGGAGAGGCAAGCAUCAGCUCUUCCUAUAGCCCACAGGUUACCCAGGAAUUCCAUCAUGCGCUUGGAAGAAGUCGGGAGACUUCAGCGUACUAUAGGACAGAUCAAUGAUGGCGCUUGCUUGCUUGAAAGCCAUCAGCAUUGCACGGAUGAUAAUAACACUGAAAGCCAGCAUAUAUGUUUGCAGACAUUGGAAACCAAAGUCAAAAUCAUACAGAGAGCAUGGAGGGACCACGUACAGCGCCACGAUUCCUUGCACACCAACCUUAUGGAGAAACGUAGUCCAUCCCCAUCUUCCCCAUCAUCAGAAAAGAUGAGCAGCUCGAUCAGUAUGAAUACAUUCUCUGAUGGCAGCACUCCAGAUUACAGAGAGGAUGGCAUGGAUUUAGGAAGUGACGCCUGUAGUCGCUCAAGUUCUGAGGCCAGUUCUAAUAAAGUGACUCCUUGCUCUGACUGUAAGUCCUCUCCUAGCCUGGACCUGGCUGCCCUUGAGGAUUAUGAGGAGGACUUUGUGGACAAGGUGAGUGACGAAUGGGAGGAUGAAGAUGAAGAAGAUGAUGUGGUUGAGGGCGAAGAUGGGUUUCCUAAAGACAAUUGCUUUGCAAGGAUAGCACCUGGACGAAGUUUAGCUGAAGAAUUUGAGGACAUUAAAGGUGGACAUGUCUCAUCUACCAAUGGGAAUCCUUCACAUCGGCACAAAUUAAAUGGAAAUUCAUUUAUCAACAAUUCCUCAAGUAAAGGCAAACCUUAUCCUCCCAAACCACAGCAUAACUCUGUCCGGGGGUCUUCAAUGAAUUCGGCUGGGGGCUUAGGAGCUUUAAUGAGGGAUGAGGCGCCACUUCCGACAAUGGACUGGGAGGCUCUGGAGAAGCACUUGGCUGGGCUACAGUUCCAGGAGCAGGAAUCAAGGAACCAGAAGCAGACCAGAUCCAACUACACAUCUGCUCAGAAGAAUGAAAGGGAAUCUAUUAGACAGAAGCUGGCGCUUGGAAGCUUUUUUGACGAUGGGCCUGGCCUUUACACCAGCUGCAGCAAAAGUGGAAAGCCAAGUCUUUCUUCCAGACUACAAAGUGGGAUGAACCUUCAGAUUUGCUUUGUUAAUGACAGCGGGAGCGACAAGGACAGUGAUGCUGAUGACAGCAAAACUGAAACCAGCCUGGACACCCCGUUAUCUCCUAUGAGCAAACAAAGCUCUUCCUAUUCGGACAGAGACACUACUGAAGAGGAGUCUGAAUCCUUUGAAGACAUGGAUUUUAUCUCCAGACAGAAGAAACUGCAAGCUGAAGCUAAGAUGGCUUUGGCUAUGGUAAAGCCAAUGGCCAAAAUGCAAGUGGAAGUCGAAAAGCAGAACAGGAAGAAGUCUCCUGUAGCAGAUCUUCUGCCGCACAUGCCGCACAUUAGUGAAUGCUUGAUGAAGAGAAGUCUAAAGCCAACUGAUCUGAGAGACAUGACCAUUGGGCAACUACAAGUGAUAGUCAAUGAUCUCCACUCUCAGAUAGAAAGCUUAAAUGAAGAACUAGUUCAGCUUCUCCUUAUCCGCGAUGAAUUGCACAUGGAACAAGAUGCAAUGCUUGUUGAUAUAGAAGACUUGACUAGACAUGCUGAAAGUCAGCAGAAGCACAUGGCAGAAAAAAUGCCUACAAAAUAAAGCAAGAAGCCAUUGAACAUAAAAAGAAAAACAUAGCUAAACUUUAUUUUGCUUUUGUGGUUGUCAAAAUGCAAUUGCUAAAGAUGAUACACGAGGAAAACCAGUGUUAGUCUUUGAUUAUGUCUGAAGCUUUAUGUCCAGUGAUUUGGCCUAUGCUUCCUAAUUUAUUUUUAACUUUCUACUGGUGCCGCUUAACCCCUGGAAUGCCAGCAGGGUAGCCAGCAAUGCCUUGUUUGGCAAUAUGUUGCUCACCCUUCUGGCACACAACAGGUUAACACUAGGCAUUUUAUUAAGAUACUAUGAUUAUAUGUACAGUACUUACGCCAUUACAGACUAUGGAAUAAGAGAGAGAAUAGUUACAAAUGUUACUUUAUUUUUCUGUUUGGGGGAUUUUAAGUUGAUCAGUAUUUUAUCUAAAGCAACUACUUUUUAUUCUUCACUGUAGUUUUCGAACACAAAUGUUAUUGACGGUGCUAAACAAGUCAACAACUUCAUGCCUGCCUCAUCGUAAUGUUGUAGCGCUCCGUAUAUUGUAUAAUUCAGAUGGUUCUCAACAUUUUGUGAAUGUUGAUAAUCUGACUUCCAUUUUUAGAUGUGCUAUUAUAUUAUUCAAUUGAACUGGAAAAAAGGUCACCUUGAAAGUUUUAUGUAUAAAUAUGUAAAAUAAACUUUAAACAUUUGUUUUGUA